AGAAGCUUGUGCAAGCCCAGGCGGCCAUUGCCGACGACACGAUCCGCCUCAACGUCGGCGGCACUCUCUUUGAAGCCAGUCGCGCAACACUCUUGGCGCUGCGCAGCGGCGCGACGUUUUGCAAGCAGCCCGACACGUUCUUUCAAGCGAUGCUUUCCCAAGGCCACUGGACGCCCCGUGACGACGACGGCGCGUAUUUUAUCGACCAAGAUGCGCGGUAUUUUGAAUAUGCGCUCGACAUGCUGCGCCAGGGCACGCUCAAUACCAAGGGGCUCUCAGCCACGGCGCGAAAGGAGCUUCAUUGUCUCCUCGAUUUCUUGCAGAUGA